GAAACACUAGUAGACCAUGUGCAGCAUUUUAUUUCUAACCAUACUUUUGCCCAACUUGUUACAAAAUGCGUAUAGAAACGUGUUAUUUUUGUUCGUCCCGGAUAUAUCCAGGACACGGGAUUCAAUUCGUAAGGAAUGAUUGUAAGGUAUUCAAAUUUUGUCGUUCGAAAUGCCAUGCUGCAUUUAAGAAAAAGAAGAAUCCUAGGAAAGUCAAAUGGACCAAAGCAUACAGAAAAACUGCAGGCAAAGAAUUGACGGUAGAUCCAUCAUUCGAGUUUGAGAAGAGAAGAAAUAUACCAGUCAAAUAUAACAGAGAAUUAUGGAGCAAGAGUGUGCAAGCAAUGAAGAAAGUAGACUCUAUUAGGCAGAGACGACAGAAUCUAUACAUUAUGCAGCGGUUACAAAAGGGAAGAGAAUUGGAAGAGGAGAGAGAUAUUAAGGAAGUGUCACGUGACUUGUCUCUUAUUCGUUCACCAGCUGCUGGUCUCAAGGAGAGGAAGAAACAAGAAGAAAUAACUGAAGAAACAGAAAUGCACAUAGAUGAAGAGUCUAAUGAUGAAGUUGAAGCUCAGGAAGUAGAGGUCAACUAAAUCAUUAAAUAUUUUCAAUAUUGUUUUAGUUUAUAUUGUACAAAUUAUUUCUACUAUGUGGAAUAAAUUAUGAGUUCAUAUCCAA